CAUAGUGUAAGAGUCCCAAAUGUCUCCACUAGGUGUCAGUAAAACACUGUUUUGAGGCGUAAUCCAGUUGGCUUGGCAACGGCUGCUAUCCAUGCUAAAGUGCUGCUGAGCUGUAACAAAACACAAUGCCAGAAGUGAAAUCGACGCUCAGGGAGGUUCUGCCCAAACAAGGCCAGGUGUCCAUGGAAGAGGUCCCAACAAUGGUUCUGUGCAAACCGAAGCUGCUCCCACUCAAAUCUGUCACCCUGGAGAAACUGGAGAAGAUGCAGAUGGAAGCACAAGACGCCAUUCGACAACAGGAGCUUGCAAUGAAGGAGGAGCCCAAGUAGGAUUGUUCAGCAAACCAGUUGCACCCAAUUGACUUCUCAAACACAAAAUGGCAGAAUAGGAUAUUUAUUUUGAACAUGAACAGAAUAUUUGUAACAUUUAGAAAACAGCCUUCACAUGUUUUUAAUAGUAUGGAUCCGUACACAGUACUUUUUGAACACCUGUUUCUUCCCAGAUACAAAAAUAAAAGCCAGAAAGACGACUCGGUGGCCCUUACUUCCAUCUUGUUCACAUUGCACUCUGACAUAUUUGAAUUUCAAAAGUAAAAUGAAAAACAAAUCACAGCAUUGGAAAGAAAGCAGCUUAUUAAAGGGGAUCUGUGUUGUGUAUAAAUCACUGAAAAAGGAAAGGUCGGCAGUGAACUCAAGGGGAGCAAGUACAAAACAGCGUGGAAUGACUGACAUUGGCGGGUGGCACUUUACAGGCUAGCUUAUGUAAAUAUUACAAUGGAAACACUGGAGACAGUCAACUACUUGAGCUUCACUCAAAAGUGCAUAUUUAAGCGCAACUGGCUUUUAAAUCACCAUCGUGGGGAAAGGUUACCCAAAGGUUUUGAAAAAAUAUGCAAGUAAAAAAGUUUCUUCUGACAUAAAAAUAGUCUUUCAGCUUUCAAGUUUAAUGACGCCGCCGUCUCCCUCGCUGAUGAACCUCUUCCGACCUCUG